AUGCAGGCCAAAAAACGCUACUUCACCCUGCUCUCGGCCGGCACCUGCGUCGUCCUGCUCGCCUACUUCGGACUCGGCGGCGUGCGCUUCAGAGCCUCCCGGAACCAAAGCCGGCGCCAAGCUCCCAGUAGUAGUAGUAGCAGCAGUAGUGGCAGGUAUGGCUCGCAACAGCAGCAGCGAUAUUGGCCCCGCUUCCCGGACGCCCUGCGGCCUUUGGUACCUUGGGACCAGCUGGAGAGCGAGGACUACAAUGCCCAGGCUUCCCCGCGGCAGAAGCGGGAUGCCAAUGCCAGCGUCUACAAAGGGAAGAAGUGCCGCAUGGACUCCUGCUUUGACUUCGCCCGGUGCCAGAGGAACGGCUUCAAGGUCUACGUUUACCCGCAGCAGAAAGGGGAGAAGAUCGCUGAGAGUUACCAAAACAUCCUCGCCGCUGUCGAGGGCUCCCGCUUUUAUACUUCCGACCCCAGCCAGGCCUGCCUCUUCAUCCUUAGCCUGGACACCUUAGACCGUGACCAGCUCUCCCCCCAGUACGUGCACAACUUGCGGUCCAAAGUCCAGGGCCUCCACUUGUGGAACAAUGGGAGGAACCACUUAGUUUUUAAUUUAUAUUCCGGCACAUGGCCCGACUACACUGAGGAUGUGGGCUUCGACAUUGGGCACGCCAUGUUGGCCAAGGCCAGCAUCAGCACGGAGAACUUCCGCCCCAACUUCGAUGUUUCCAUCCCGCUCUUUUCGAAGGAUCACCCGAGGACAGGAGGGGAGAAGGGCUUCCUGAGGUUUAACACCAUCCCGCCCCUCAGGAAGUACAUGCUGGUCUUCAAGGGGAAAAGGUACCUGACCGGGAUAGGAUCGGACACCAGGAAUGCCUUAUAUCAUGUCCAUAAUGGGGAGGAUGUUGUCCUCUUGACCACCUGCAAGCAUGGCAAAGACUGGCAGAAGCACAAGGACUCGCGGUGCGAUAGGGACAACGCUGAGUAUGAAAAGUAUGAUUAUCGUGAAAUGCUGCACAAUGCCACUUUCUGUCUGGUCCCCCGUGGCCGGAGGCUUGGAUCCUUCAGGUUCCUCGAGGCCCUGCAGGCUGCCUGUGUCCCUGUGAUGCUCAGCAACGGAUGGGAGUUGCCAUUCUCCGAAGUGAUUGAUUGGAAUCAAGCUGCCGUCAUAGGGGAUGAGAGAUUGUUAUUACAGAUCCCUUCUACAAUCAGGUCUAUCCAUCAGGAUAAAAUCCUAGCACUUAGACAGCAGACACAGUUCUUGUGGGAGGCUUAUUUUUCUUCGGUUGAGAAGAUUGUAUUGACCACACUAGAGAUUAUUCAAGACAGAAUAUUUAAGCACAUAUCACGUAACAGCUUAAUAUGGAAUAAACACCCUGGUGGGUUAUUUGUACUGCCACAGUAUUCAUCAUAUCUGGGAGAUUUUCCUUACUAUUACGCUAACCUAGGUGUCAAGCCCCCGUCCAAAUUCACCGCAGUUAUCCAUGCAGUUACUCCUUUAGUUUCUCAAUCUCAGCCUGUGCUGAAACUCCUGGUGGCUGUAGCCAAAUCCCAGUACUGUGCCCAGAUCAUUGUCUUAUGGAAUUGUGAUAAACCCCUCCCUGCCAAGCACCGUUGGCCUGCCACUGCCGUGCCUGUCAUUGUCAUAGAAGGAGAGAGCAAGGUGAUGAGCAGUCGUUUCCUGCCCUACGAGAAUAUUGUCACAGAUGCUGUUCUAAGCCUCGAUGAGGAUACGGUGCUUUCAACCACUGAGGUGGAUUUUGCCUUUACAGUUUGGCAGAGCUUUCCAGAGAGGAUUGUUGGCUAUCCUGCCCGUAGCCAUUUUUGGGAUAACACUAAGGAGAGAUGGGGCUACACGUCGAAAUGGACUAAUGACUAUUCCAUGGUAUUGACUGGAGCUGCUAUUUACCACAAAUAUUAUCACUACCUGUACACUCAUUACCUGCCUGCCAGCCUGAAGAAUAUGGUGGACCAACUGGCCAAUUGUGAGGACAUUUUGAUGAACUUUUUGGUGUCUGCUGUGACGAAAUUGCCUCCAAUCAAAGUAACGCAGAAAAAACAGUAUAAGGAAACCAUGAUGGGACAGACUUCCCGGGCGUCUCGGUGGGCUGACCCAGACCACUUUGCUCAGAGGCAAAGCUGCAUGAACACUUUUGCCAGCUGGUUUGGCUAUAUGCCGCUGAUCCAUUCUCAGAUGAGGCUCGAUCCCGUGCUCUUUAAAGAUCAAGUCUCCAUCCUGAGGAAGAAAUAUCGAGACAUUGAACGACUUUGAGGAGCCCUGCCAAGGGGAGGGGGCAGGUUGGGGAAACGGACUGUUCACGUCACCCAGCACAAAGCCACUGACUCUUGGGAGCCAGACUGUACCAGGAACGAACUGACAAAAACACACACAAAAUUGCUCAAUAUGCCAAUGGAAAAGCCAACUAGCGCUGGCUCCAAAGGAAAACACAUUGUGCUGGACUGCUUCAAAAACACCUCACGGGCUGCAGGUCGCUCAAAGACUAGGUUGUGUACAGUUUCAUUAUGGAACAUUAAAUAAUUAUUUUUUUGAAAUGAUUGCUAUGCAGGUUUAAACUUUUUUAAUGAUCAAAAAACACUAUUAAAAACAGAGUUCUUUCUUUAAUCAGAA